AUGGGAUAUAUGCCGUACGGCACGGACUACAUGACAAGCAAAAUCAAUGUGUCGUUCAAAGCUGUGUUUUGGGCAAUAUUUUCCUUCGCAGUUCAAUCAGUUGUGAUGACCUGGGGUAAUCAGAAGGAGUUUAACACGGAAGACAAUUUCAAGUCAUACGUAAGAGUUCUCUACUUUACAUUGCGGCUUAUAAACACAAACACAACUAUCUUUUUCUUUUUAAUAUGGUGGGAAAUGCCCAAGAUAAUUAGAUACGUCAACAAGUGGUUAGAUUUUGAAGAAAAAAUGUCAUCUGUCGCUGGAGUUCCCAAACUUUCACUCACUCCACAAAGAGUAAAGUGGAUCACUGCAGUCUUUACUGUACUGUUGAUCCUGAUAAUCACAACUGACCAAUAUCUAUUUUACAAUAGGUUUUGUCCCAUACUUGUUCUAACAUAUUUUUUUUCAACGUACAUGAAUCUUCUUCUAAGCAUAUUCUGGAUACUCAACUGUAUAUUCAUCGCAGGUAUGGCAUCAAAUUUAAGAAACAGCCUUGUCAAUUUGUUACUAACAAAGCCCGACCGGGAGCUGGUCAAUGCCCACAGACUCUUAUGGGUCGAACUGCGCGAUCAAGUGAAUCAGUUUGCUGAAGCUAUGCGACUGCCGUUCAUGAUUCACAUAUUCAUCAACCACAUAGCACUGAUUUUCAACACUUACACAUUGCUAACAGUGAUUCUCGCCUCCAAAGACACAAGUAUUCUUAUUGAUGUGAUUCUUCCACAAAUCUGGACUGUGGUAACUGUUGUGUCCAUUUGUGAAGCAGCACAUUACGCGUGUCAAGAAAUUGGUCAAAAGUUCAUCUGCACGGUCCUCUCUGGGAAGUCCUCCUUUCAUGAUGUGAGUAUUACGAAGGAAGUUGAUUUACUUUUAGAGACAAUGCAGAAAAAUCACCCAGAAAUAGUCCUCGGAGGGUGUAUAUCCGUAGGUCGUGGACUUCUGAUUCAGACUAUAACGGCAGAGUUAACAUACAACAUAGUUUUAAGUCAGUUUGAUUUGAGUAUUUAUUAA